AAAAUCUAAGUUCAAUACCCCCUUUAAGCGAGAGUACACGGGAAAAUACUUGUUCCUUUGCUCCAAAGGUAAAGAAUCAAAACUCUCUCUCUCUCUCUCUUUCUCUCUGCCUGAGCCAACUCGGUGGCGCGACUCAAUGGGUCAGGAAUCGUUUAUCUACAGCUUCGUCGCCAGAGGCACUAUGAUCCUCGCCGAGUAUACAGAGUUCACCGGUAAUUUCCCGUCUAUUGCUUCUCAGUGUCUCCAGAAGCUUCCUUCCUCCAGCAGCAGCAAGUUCACUUACAACUGCGAUCACCAUACCUUCAAUUUCCUCGUCGAAGAUGGCUACGCAUAUUGUGUUGUGGCGAAAGAUUCUCUUAGCAAGCAAAUCUCGAUUGCGUUUCUGGAACGUGUGAAAGCUGAUUUCAAGAAGAGAUAUGGAGGUGGAAAAGCAAGCACAGCUAUCGCCAAAAGUCUGAAUAAGGAGUUCGGGCCGGUGAUGAAAGAACACAUGAAGUAUAUUGUUGACCAUGCAGAGGAGAUUGAAAAACUAAUAAAAGUCAAGGCUCAAGUUUCAGAAGUUAAAAGUAUAAUGUUGGAGAACAUUGACAAGGCAAUUGACAGAGGGGAAAUUCUAACUGUUCUUACUGACAAGACCGAGAAUCUACGUUCUCAGGCUCAGGAGUACAAGAAACAAGGAACACAGGUGAGGAGGAAAUUGUGGUAUCAGAACAUGAAGAUAAAACUUGUGGUUCUUGGGAUCUUGCUACUACUUGUUCUCAUUAUCUGGAUAUCAGUUUGUCACGGGUUCAAUUGCACCGAUUGAAGACACAACAAAUUACUCAGUAUGCGAUGGUUAGAGCCUUCCGCGGAAACGGCCAGACAAAAAGUCUCCGGUAGAGAGAUAGGAGAGAGAGAGAAAGAGGGGGGAACAAAACAGUACCAUAUUUUAUAUUGCAAGGUUUUGUCUAUGAAUGUUGUAUUAUAAGAGUGGGUGUGUUCUUUCGUUGGAUUAACAAAAAUAUGGUGUAGGUUAUUCUAGAUUGCAUAUCUAAAAAACAGUGAGGAUGUC